ACAGAGAUUCAGGAAUUUCUGAAGAACUAUAAUAGCCAGGCACAGAUUUUCCAACCGAGGUUAGCAGAAGCUCUUUGGACCUACUACACGAACAUUACAGAUUACAAUCAGAAGAACUCGGUAAGUCUAACUCAAAUUAGCUUUAAAAAUCAGCAAUUUCUAUAAGUAAAGUAAUAGACAUUUGUGUCUAUUGCCUCCUGUAAUAGACAUUUGUGUCUAUUGCCUCCUGUAUUCCAACCCCCAGUUCAUAACACCACUGCUGAGUCGCCCUUGCAACCAGUGAAGUAUCCCAUUGAAACCCAUGGACAGUAACAUCGCAAACCCCUCUGAAACAUAGGAGCCAGAAUGAUCAAUUCAUUGAUCGUGGGCCCUUAAAAUAAAGAAGAAGAAGAAGAAAUUUAGUAAUUGUUUAGUCAUUAAGAAUCAAUUAAUAAAUGAUGACAUCAUUUAAAAAAGGUGCGGUAAAUUAUAUGUAGGAGAGAGAGGUCGUCGCCUUGAAGACCGCUUCAGAAAACACCUAUAUAUCAUAAAUAUGAUAGCCCUAACCAUGAUGGUAUCUAGGCCAUCGCAGUUACUGGUAUAAUAUAUACUAGUAGCACAACAGAUAGGAUAUACAUAGAGAAUAGUUUAAUAUCACGAUUUGGUACGUUGUCACCAUAUGGAAUAAACCAAAUCCACAAUUUUACAUAACUGCCAUGUCUUUUUCCUGUUUAGUUUUUACAAUUUUGCUCAAAUCUCUUCCUUUACACUUUUCUUUACAUUGCUUCUGUCUGUUUUUUUCGCCCACUCCUAUUUUUUCUCCAAACUUUUUUAGGUAGAAAAUUUGUGUAUAUAUGUUAUGUAAAUUUAAUUUAUACUUAUUUUCCUUUUUGUUGUAGUGAUGAAGGUAUUUGCCGAAACGUAUACAUUUGUAUUCUGUAAAAUUUUCAUUAAAGCGUAAACUAUAUUGUUAUUUUGACACACUUUGUUGGUGUCUAAUUAAUCUAUUUUGUUUAGUUUACUGUCGUCGAUCGCACCUUUAGGCUUUGACUUUGGCGCCUUCAAUCUGUCGCAGUUUUUUUUUCAAACAUAACAUUAGAUAGUGAAAACAUUAGAGAGCAGUCUCGAUUGAGUGAGUCAAAUACAGACCACUGUAUUUCCAAUUAAAUUAAAAAUCCCCGUAUGUAUGGACUGUAUGCUUAUGUAUUCGAGCAUCCCCAGAUAAUCUAGUUUUGUUUUAAAACCGUACUUAGAGGGGCGUGAACAGUAACAACGAAAUAUUCAAUUGAUAAAUAAAUAAUCUUACCUCGUCGAAACCCCCAUCCUUUCUAUAGAGUCGUGAACUGAUAACCUUGAUUAGCGAGGGACAAAUGUAUUGAAUUUUUUUCCAAUUUCAUCCUACAUCAUCCAUUUAAUCAUAAAUUUCACUUCUUAUAUCUGGAGCUAAGGAGAACCUGGAAAGCUUUUUAAUUAUUUUUUUUUAUUUUCAUAAAAUGCAGUUUUUUCUUCUUUUUAAAGUGUUUUUAAAUCCCUAAGAUAGUAAGUGUUAUCAAGAGACACAAUAUUUACGACUGCAUUACUUUUGAGGAUACAUCAUUGCAAAAAAUGAAAUCUAUCCUUGAAUGCGCAUUUUCUUUUUCUUUUUUUUUUAGCCUUGGAAAUUUUGAUUGCCAAAAUUUUAAAAUAUUUAUUUGUUGCAAAAAUGCGUCAAUUUUGUAUUAGUAUUAACUUAAUCGAUUUUUUGAAAAAUUGUUAUAACUCUGCUUUAGCCUAACACAUAAAGUGGCUGACGAAUUAUUAAAAAAAAAUAUUAAUAAAAAUUGACAAAAAAUAAAUGCAUAUAUAGAAAGUACGUCAUGGGGAGUUCUUUAGCUUUAAAGUGAUUUAUUUUAAUAAUAAGAUCGAUUUAAUAGAUAAAUCUGCAAUAUUUAUGUGUCAGACGGACGAACAGCUGCUGACCGCCAAGUUUAAACAGGAAGCCUAUAGAAAUGCUACAAGAUUUAACCUGACUGUGAUUACACCCGAGACGCGGAGAUGCAUUAUUAAAAUCAUGGACGUUGGAACAGCAGCACAGACCAAUGAAACCAAACUGUCAAAUGUAAGUAAAUGUUAA